CGUUCCUGCCACGACAACGAAGAGAGAUUCGCGAGGCUUCAACCGCAAUCCCAGCAAACGCAGCCAUUGCACCCCGAACCUCCGCAAGCUGCCGCGUUGCGUGCGCCCCUGCACUUCUUGGCUAGCUCUAGCUCGUCGCCCAUGGCGGAUCACCAGAGGCAGAGGAUCCACCCGCUGGACCUGGAAGCAGGCCAGCCGACGCCGAGGCCCACGGCGCCGCUCGUCCCGCAGGGCAGCUCCUUCCGCUCCGACAAGGGCGCCGUCCCGCCCACCGCCACUCGGCCACCACCGCCGCCCCACCACCAGCCACUACCACCUCCCCCGCACCGCUUCGCACCACCUCCCCCUCUCCCACCCCCAAAGCGUCGCCGCGGCUGCUGCUGCCGCGUCCUCUGCUGCGCGGUCACCACCCUCAUCCUCCUCACCAUCCUCGCCGCGGCCACGCUGGGCGCGCUCUACCUGGCCUUCCAGCCCAAGGCGCCGCGCUACUCGGUGGACCGCCUCUCGGUCUCCCAGUUCCAGGUCGACUCCUCCCUGACCGCCAGCGCGCGCUUCGACGUCACGGUCACGGCCGCCAACCCGAACGCGCGCAUCGGCAUCUUCUACGAGCGCGGCUCCAGCCUCGGCGUCUGGUACGGGACGCACCGCCUCGCCCGCGGCGGCCUCCCGGCCUUCUACCAGGGCCACCGCAACACCACGGUCCUCGGCGUCGUCAUGGCCGGCCAGGCGCAGCUCGGCAGCGAGGUCAUCACGGCGCUCAGGGACGCGCAGCAGACGGGCGCCGUGCCGCUCGUCUUCCGCGCCGACGUGCCCGUCAGGGUGGAGCUCGGCACGCUCAAGCUAUGGACGGUCACCUCCAGGGUCAGGUGCGACCUCGUCGUCGACAGCCUGCUCAACGCCGGCAGCCAGAUCAAGAUCAAGGCCAGCAACUGCAAAUUCAGCCUCAAGCUUCUGUGAUGCAUUCUUUGGGCUGUUCUUUGCCUUCUGGGCGCGCGCGCGCGUUGGAUGGAUUCUUUUCGCAGCCGAGUGCCGCGCCGUAUUUGCAUCGGUUCGGUGCACUCCCCUGCCCCCCUGCCCUGUAGCUCCGUGCAUGUACAUCUUGUUCUUGUGUGUAGACUUCAUAUUACGUUGCUGUAUGUUAGAGAGGAUCGGAGGAUUAAUAAUAUGCAUGCCUAGAUUCUUUUCAUAGCUCACCAUCUGCAGUUCAACUCUGUUGUUCCUUGGAUUCAUAUCUUAUGAACUGCAGAUGUAGUAAUUGGGUUUUAUUCAACUUCAAUUGGCAAUUCGGUUCAGCAGCUA